GCAGGUGUAACCAACAUUAACAGAAGCUCCACGGCGCCCUCCAGCGGUGACUCAGCGUGCGUCUCUCGCGCAGCGGAAAACAAGUGCACUGCAGGCAGCUGAACGGCGCAUUCGGUGAGAGGUCGGUAAAGCAGUCGUGUCAGCUCGUCGGCAAACCUCUCCCUCACUUUAAUCUGGACCCACUUUUAAGUUUUGUCCUAAAAAAUCCCGCAAGUCGAAGGCACAUCAGAAUAAUCGUGGUGCUGGACACACAGCUCGGAUAUUGCCGCGAACGCUGAAGGCUGAAAAAUGGCAACGACAACUUGCACGCGCUUCACCGACGAGUACCAGCUGUAUGAAGAACUUGGAAAGGGGGCCUUCUCCGUUGUGAGACGUUGUGUCAAGCUGUGCACGGGCCAAGAGUAUGCUGCCAAAAUCAUCAACACCAAAAAGCUCUCGGCAAGAGAUCACCAGAAGCUGGAACGGGAAGCCCGUAUCUGCCGUCUGCUCAAACAUCCCAAUAUUGUGCGGCUCCAUGACAGUAUAUCAGAGGAAGGCUUCCAUUACCUCUUAUUUGACCUUGUGACGGGUGGAGAGCUGUUUGAAGACAUCGUAGCCAGAGAAUAUUACAGUGAAGCUGAUGCCAGUCACUGCAUCCAGCAGAUCCUGGAGGCGGUGCUUCAUUGCCAUCAAAUGGGCGUGGUGCACCGAGAUCUCAAGCCAGAGAACCUGCUCUUGGCCAGUAAAUGCAAGAACGCUGCCGUCAAGUUGGCCGACUUUGGCCUGGCCAUUGAAGUGCAGGGAGACCAGCAGGCCUGGUUUGGGUUUGCUGGGACGCCAGGUUACCUCUCCCCAGAAGUGCUACGAAAGGAGGCUUAUGGGAAACCUGUGGACAUUUGGGCAUGUGGAGUCAUCCUGUAUAUUCUGCUGGUGGGAUAUCCUCCGUUUUGGGAUGAAGACCAACACAAACUCUACCAGCAGAUCAAAGCCGGGGCUUAUGACUUCCCUUCGCCAGAGUGGGACACAGUCACCCCUGAGGCCAAAAACCUCAUCAAUCAGAUGCUGACCAUCAAUCCAGCCAAGAGAAUCACGGCCCAGGAGGCUCUGAAACACCCGUGGGUCUGCCAACGCUCCACUGUGGCGUCCAUGAUGCACAGACAGGAAACAGUCGAGUGCCUGAAGAAGUUCAACGCAAGAAGGAAACUCAAGGGUGCGAUAUUGACCACCAUGCUGGUGUCGCGCAAUUUCUCUGUGGGCAGGCAGACCACGGCACCCGCCAGCGUCUCUGCAGCCGGUACCACCACCAGUCUGGUGGAACAAGCAGCCAAGAGCCUGCUCAACAGGAAGGCCGAUGUUAAGAAACGGAAAUCCAGCUCCACCGUUCAGUACAUGCCACAGUCAAACAGUGUGAAAAACAGCAUAGUCACCAGUCCCAAAGGAAACGUCCCUUCUCCUGCUCUGGAGCCUCAGACCACUGUUAUCCAUAACCCAGUGGAUGGGAUCAAGGAAUCUUCAGACAGCAGCAACACCACCAUUGAAGAUGAAGACAUCAAAGGGAAAAGCCUAAAUAGCAGUUCAGUUAAAGCCCCCUCUGAAGUCAGCCAGUCACCUCCGGGCUCCGUCCCUGCCAUCUUCUCCACCAAGCUGACCGACAUCCUGGGCUGCGCCCGUAAGGGCUCGGGACCCCCGGCAGUGCCUGAUAGUGAAGCAUCUGCCCACUCCACACAAUCCCCUCCACAGACCCCCAUCAUGCAGACACGCAAACAGGAAAUCAUUAAGAUCACGGAGCAGCUGAUAGAAGCCAUCAAUAAUGGGGACUUUGACGCCUAUGCGAAAAUCUGUGACCCUGGACUGACAUCCUUUGAACCCGAGGCUUUGGGGAACCUGGUUGAAGGAAUGGACUUCCAUAGAUUCUACUUUGAGAACUUGCUUUCUAAGAACAGCAAGCCCAUCCACACCACCAUCCUGAACCCUCACGUGCACCUGAUCGGAGAAGACGCUGCCUGCAUCGCCUACAUCCGCCUCACUCAGUUUGUGGAUGGGCAGGGCCUGCCACGCAGCAGCCAGUCGGAGGAGACCCGCGUGUGGCACCGUCGGGACUCCAAAUGGCAGAACGUUCAUUUCCACUGCUCCGGUGCACCGGCUGCCCCUCUCCAGUGAAGAGUGGCCCUUCAACAGAUACAUUAGGUGCGAGUGACAAGGAGGACUGAUAGAAUGGCUCCAAACCCUCCAGCCUUCCAACGCUGGACACAGCCGUCCUCUCCUGCAUGCAAACCCACAGUUAUCUGUCCACCUGCUGGGCAUCCAGAACCCCCCUCACCUCCGACUCCACCCAGCACGCUACCGAACGUCUUUAUGCCAAGACUAACUCCCAACACAAGAGCAGCACUGCAUAUAUUAAUCAUCGAGAGCAAUUAUAGACUUCAGAUUUCCUUCUAGAGUUAUAAUAACCCGCACGAUUGCCUUUGCGCUCGUCUUCACUGGCCUUAUGCCCCCUGUGCCCAGGUACUCCCAAAUACAGUAGAUCAUGUUUGUAAUAAAAAUAUCAUCAUUAUUAUUAUUACUGUAUUUAUUGUUAUUGUUACUACUAUUGAUUAUAUAUGAUUAUUACUUCCGUCAGGAUUCUAAGUAUUGCUGUUGUUCUUGAGAUUGUAUAUUUGAUGGUAAAAUUAUUGAUGUUUUGUUUUGUUUUAAAACACUUUUUUUUUAAAAGCAUGGAUUUUAAGUAUUUUUUUGGUGUUCAAAUAAUCUGAAGUCAAUAUAGAAGCAGCAGCAC